AUGGAGCAAGUGAUUGAUGUGAGCUGGAUGAACCAUGGGAAAGACAAGGUAGCCAAGCACAAUGCGAAACCGAUAUCUUCAUCCCCACCCAAACACGACUCUACGAGUGGAUUGCCUCUAGAAACAAGCACGCCCAGUAAAGUGAACGGCAAGGGCGCGCCGAUAUCACCACCACCUUCACCUCCCCUCAGCGCAACCCCUCCAGGCGCCAAAGCGAUUCCCCAGCGACCGCAAGGCGUGGCGAGGAACACUUCGGCUGAUGAGAAGAAGAGUCCCGGGCCAAAUGGGACACCACCGCAACGAAGGGGAUCAUGGUUUUCCAAGAUUUCAGCGCCUUUCUCAUCAUCGCCUGCCAACGCACAACAAUCGACUCCUGCGCCAGGGCAAGCCGAUGAGGAUGAUGUUGCGCCCUUGCCAAGGAUAUCUCCGAACAAGAAUGCUGUACUUCCACAUGCGACGAGGCAGUCUGGCGACGGGCCCUAUGUACCAGCGCCACCUAGAAACGGCCAGCCGGGAUUCUUUCAAGUGUUUCGGCGCAAGUCAUCUUCAAGCGGCUCGAUAAUACCAGGCAGGAACAAUCAUGGCCUAGUAGAGCGCCGUGUGCUGAAUGUCGACAAGCACAGAGAAAGGCCCAAGCUGACUGAGCUGAAUCAAGCCAAGUUACGACGAGUGGCAUUUUGCGUGGAUGUCGAAAUUGCCCCCAUGCCAAAGUAUACAGACUCGGAUGGCUCUUCAAAUAAGUCAGAUGAGAAGACACAAAAGCGAAAAGUCACGGAAAAGGGCGAGGGCGAGGCGCUCAAGCGACCUCAAGAAGUGCAAGACGAGAAGGAGCAGGAUGGUGUCGUAAAGGCAACUGGCGAAGUGCUGCCGAAAGAACCUGCUGCAGAGGGCCAAGGCACUACCGAGAAUGGAACAAAUGGCCAGCCAAAGGAAGGUAUCAUUGUAGCCAGCGAGGUGCCCAAGCCGGAGAAAGAAAACACUCGGAAAAAGGAAAAGAAAAAGAAGAGUGAGGCAGAACGCAAGGCCAAGAAGGAGCAAAAGCGGAAAGAAGCGCUCGAAAAGGGAGCGAUUCCCAUGGAAAUCCACCUGGACAGCGAUUCUUCGAUCGAGGAUGCUGUAGUGCCUCAAAUACCCAGGCCAGCCAAAUAUGCGCCGACGACGAAUCCUGGGCGGAUAUACCGGAGGUGCUGCCAAUUACGCGAAACAGAUAUCCUAACCAAGAUCACUUCCCAACUCCCGAAGUCUGUCGUGGGAAAUCCAGACGGGAUCGUUGAGAAGUUGGACCUGAGCGACUACUUCAUGUCGCUUCCAGAUCUGGUCACACUCGGCGAUUUCUUUGCGGUCGUGCCUGUCCGGGAGGUUGUCCUGGAGAACUGUGGGUUAACGGAUGAGGGUGUUCGUGUUGUCCUGGCCGGACUUCUGGCUUGCAAAAAGCAGCGGGCCAAAAACCGUCGGAGCAUCACCAAGCCAGCAGAUUUGUGCCCUCAAGGCGGUGUUGUCGAACGCAUCGUCCUGAAAAACAACAAACUCGGAGUUGAUUCCUGGAGGCACAUCUGCCUGUUUAUCCACAUGUGCCGCUCGCUGAAAUGCAUUGACCUCUCAAGCAUUACAUUUCCAGCUCCCGCCGAGCCGCCCAAGUCGACGCCUAUUUCGCAGCACUUUCACCACCAUGCUGCGUCGGUGGCACAGCUCGAUAUUUCUCUGCUCUUAUCCAAGUCCUUGGCUGAGAGACUUGCCGGUUCUGAGCUUGAACUUUUGAACCUGGGCGGAACGGGGUUGACGAAUGUGCAACUGGGCGCUGUUAUUGACGGCUGUUUGAAAUCGGGCAUUUCGCGUCUUGGUCUUGCCCACAAUGAUCUUGAUACACAGGGCAUUGGACAUGUCGCAAGAUACCUAAAGGGCGGGAAAUGUCAAGGCCUUGAUUUGGGCGGUAACGACCUGAGGGAUCAUCUACAAACAAUUGCCGAUGCAAUUGACGAGAACAACGAGUCGCUAUGGGCAUUGAGUCUGGCCAAUAGCAACCUCAAACCGAGUUCGCUCUGCAAACUCUUGCCAAAGUUGGCGCAGAUCAAGAACUGCAAAUUCAUCGACCUAUCCCACAACCAUGAGCUAUGCGAAUCCCAACCAAGCGCCAUUGGCUUGCUCAGGAGAUAUCUACCCAAGCUGGACGCGCUCAAGCGUCUUCAUCUUGCAGAUAUUGCCAUGACCUCUGAACAAGCUAUUGCGGUUGCAGAAAUUCUGCCAGAGGUCAGCACCUUGGCGCAUAUUAACCUGUUGGAGAAUCCAGAGCUUGUACGAUUGGCCGACGCCAAGACGGAAGAAGCACAGGAAGAAGCGUGUGCGCUGUACGCUUCGCUCCUCGCAGCUGCCCGAGUUUCAGAAACGCUCGUCAAGAUCGACAUAGAUACUCCCAGCGCAGAGUCCUCUGAUGUGGUCAAGGCUCUGGCGAAUCAGGUUUUGGCCUAUUGUCUUCGUAAUCUGCGGAUGGCCCCAGGCCUCCGGGACAGCGCAAACGGCGAACAAAUUCUUGAGAAGAUCAAGUAUCCGGACGUGUUGCGGCACAUCGUUGGCUAUGAGGAGGAUGCUGCUAUUGUUGAUCUGGAGGACAUUGAUGCCAAUGCUGCUCCCGAUGAGGAUUAUGUCAUUGGUGGUACUGGUGUUGUCAAGGCACUUGCCUGCUGCUUGAACAACUUGGACCAAAGCAGCAGACGGAAUUCUGGAGAAUUCAUCAGGGACCUUGAGACUGGCACGAGCGCUCCACAGGCCAAGGUACCUGCUGGCAAGGCGAAGAACAUGACCAAACAUUUGCUUGCCAGUGCUCGCAAGAUCAGAGUUCGCCUGCAACCUGCUCUAGCUCAAGCUAAGGCAAGCUCUAGACAGGACAUGAACAACUACAACCGUCUGCUAUUCCUUGACCAGACACUCGUGGAAAUCAUUGGCCGUUUUGAAGACGAAUUUCCAGAAACUCGCCAGGACCCUGGGCCCGUCAUGGCGCCAAACUAUGCUCCUCCAGCACCACCCCAGCGAGGUGCCUCAUUCUCGUCUCUGGAGGCAGACCCUGUUAUCUCGGAUACAGAAGAGCUCGAGACCGAGCUUCGGUCACCAUCACGUUCUCGGUCCAAUUCCAUCAUGUCCCACACCUCGAAGCAGUUGGCCGAGGAAGAAGGUCGCGCGCUGCGUAUUGGACACAAAUUCCGGCGAGGAUUUAUUCAAUCGCACUACAAUCUGCUUACUGGUGCCGAAUCCGAGAUUGGCAAUGAUCCUGACCACAAGAGGCAGAUUGAACAUAUACUCGAGGAUCUCGGCACCGAAGCCGAAGACAUUAGAAAGAAGGUCGAAGCCAAGGGCGCAAUUGCUACAUUCCAGGAGGAGAGAACUGAGAUUCUUCGGAGAAUGCGCGAAAAAGAUCCCGCGCAAUGGGAUCGAUUCAUCGAGGCCCAAGAGAAGACCAGAGCCAAUUUGCAGCUGGAUAAGGAGGGACCUCUGAAGGCAAGCGACCUGCCAGAUGAGAGCGCCAUCUCUGACUAA